GUCUGCACUAGACGGCCUGGCUCUGGUCCAGAAUGUUCCGAGCAUGUUCUCCUCCGGUGCUGUUUCGUCCACCAGAAGGAAUGUUGGCAGCGUCGGCUCCCUCAUGGAAAGUGCUUUUCAAGCUGUCCGCCCCCAAAAGCAUCCCCAGCUUCCCGGCUGCCUGCGCCCUCCCACUGUGGGCUCAGGCACACAGCGAGCAUCUGCUACAGAGAACUGCCGAGCCCGGGAGCAGUGGAACACGGCACCCAGAGGGCAGGGAGACACCUCCAGAGUUCCUCGCACCUGGCACGUGGCACCUGGGGCUGGGCCGAGAUGAAGACCCUUCAGGCCCUCUUCUUCUGGUUUCUCUUGGUGCCCUGGGCAAAACCGGCCCCAUCCACUACCCAGAGCCCCCGGGCUCCAGCCGGCUCUAGGACAUCUGAGGAAAUAUGGGACGACGCAGAGCCAUUGCCCGAUGGGAAGCCCAUGAAGAAAAAAGACCUGAUGAUUCCGAGGGACGCACGAGGAGAUGAAGGUAGCCUGGAGCAGCCAGCCAGAAAUGACGAUGGGGAAAUGCCCACGUGCCUCCUGUGCGUCUGCCUCAGUGGGUCUGUGUACUGCGAGGAGACGGACAUCGACGCCGUGCCCCCUCUGCCCAAGGAGACCUCGUACCUGUACGCCCGCUUCAACAAGAUCAAGAAGAUCACGGCCAAGGACUUUGCAGACAUCCCUAACCUGAGGAGACUCGAUUUCACCGGGAACGUCAUCGAGGACAUCGAGGACGGGGCCUUCUCCAGGCUCUCGCUGCUCGAGGAGCUCUCCCUGGCCGAGAACCUGCUGGUCAAGCUUCCGGCGCUGCCUUCGAAGCUGACGCUGUUUAACGCGAGGCAGAACAAGCUCAGGAGCAAAGGCAUCAAAGCCAACACUUUCAAGAAGCUGACCAAUCUGUCCUACCUCUAUCUGGACCACAACGAGCUCGAGUCUGUGCCGCCGCACCUGCCCGAGAGCCUGCGAGUCCUCCACCUGCAGUUCAACAACAUAGCCGGCAUCACGGACGACACCUUCUGCAGAUCCAAUGAUACGCGCUACAUUCGGAGCCGCGUGGAUGAGAUCCGGCUGGAAGGCAACCCGAUCCUCCUGGCCAAGCACCCCAACAGCUUUAUCUGCCUGAAAAGACUCCCCACGGGGACAUACUAUUGAGCCCCCUCGCGGGCGCAGGAGCUGGCCGGCCUGCCCCACCCCUCGUUUGAAGGGUCCCGGAGUCCAGUUGAGUUCUAUUUUUGUAUACCCCCCGGCCGCGUCCAGGCACUUGCCUUUGGCUGGCUUUGUCCUGUUUUUAAGCUAAAAUAUUUAGAAAACUUUA